GGCCGGGAGCGUAAUAAAGUCUCCCCAACAAACAUCGUUCAACCGCAGGAAUCAAAGCUCUUCCCACUUGUUUCAUAAGUAGUUCUCAGCGGACACCAGGAAUCCAAACUCUUCGAUUGCCGAUUUGAUCGCCGAACGACCUUUUUCUUGUUUAUUUCGCUUUUCCAACAUGGCAGCUGUCUCCGAUGAAGCCACUAAUAUUUGUAGUCACUGCAACCGAUCUAUCCCUGCAGCAAAUAUUGAUUUGCAUUAUGCUCAUUGCUCCCGGAACCUUGAAAAAUGCGAGGUUUGCGGUGAGAUGGUUCCCAAAAAAAAUGCUAAGGAUCACUACAUAAGCACCCAUGCUCCGGUCACCUGUUCAAUGUGCAGUGAGACGAUGGACCGUGAUAUUUUAGAUGUCCAUAAAGGUGAAAAUUGCCCUCAAAGAAUUGUUACUUGUGAAUUUUGCGAGUUCCCAUUACCAGCGAUUGAUCUGGAUGAGCAUCAGGAAUUCUGUGGGAAUCGAACAGAACUCUGUCACCUUUGUAACAAAUAUGUCAGACUACGAGAAAGAUACAACCAUGAAGCUAGCUGCAAUGGCAUCCCAGAUCAUACUGCUACUGUAGGAUCUUCAAGGGACGCGAGGGCAGCUGAAAGAGAGGAUGGUGCUAGAAGAAGGCAGCGGAACAACUUCUCAAGAAGGCGUCUUCUUUUCACAAUAGCAAUCACUAGCAUUGCUGUCUUGUUAGGAUCUCUGUUCUUCCAGAAGAAGACUGAGCAAAGUGAUGUGAAUUAGAGGUAGACAGGACACAGGUUCAAAUGUAAAUCGGCCUUAAACAUUUAUAAUUUAUUCGUCUGCAACAGAAGUCAGCUGACGAGAUAUAUUAUGCUACUUUUUUGGGUGAGAUAUAUUUUGCUGCUCUAUUUGAACAACUCAUUGCCGUUAUAUCGCGGUUGCCUCCGAUUCUUAAUAUAAGAGUUUAUUUGAUUUUUAUUUUAG